AUGCUAUCAGCGAUCCAAGCUGUCCUGUUUCUUGGUAAGGAGGAUAUCGGCAAACAAGUGACUUGCUCUCAAAGUUGGUACCAUCCCGAGCCUCAUGCUUCUUCUCUNUUGCUUCGAGAACUCUAUCUCUCUUCCAACCCCUCUUCGCGCUCCGUUUACGCGUCGGUUGACCCCGACGGCACANNUCCGGGCAUCUACCAUACUUUCCUUGAGCGACCGUUGCAGCCAAUACUCACUCGUGACCAUCGCGAGGAAUUCUCAAAGAGAUCGCCAACGGUCGCAAUUCGCUACAAUGAGCCAAGNGUCAGCGUAUCAUCCAACGCUUUGUCUCAGUCGGGCGGGGACACNAUCCUGACAAAGUCCACUUGUACGCACGAAGCAGAGUCGCCGAGGAGGUUGGUUCUCACUCUCGCUUUCCGCUUGCAGCUUGAAUCACCAAGGGCUACAAUCUCANNAAGCAGUUGUAGCGAGUCGACAAUCUGUCUUAGAUGCGAAGACAUGCUGGAGAAGGUUAACCUGCCUUGUGUCUCGGUAGGCCGGUCAGAUUUGUUGUUGUUCACGUCUCUCAGCUCCCUACCUCAGGAUACCAAGUCAGUCUACCGUUGUACUAGUUGUCGCCUGUACACCCUGACCAGGUGA